AUGUUUGAUUCAUUAUUUAUAAGUGAUCGUCAAACACCUAUAUAUUUAAUCGGUGAUCAAAUAUGUUUACAUUUUGCUUGUGAAUAUGGUCAUACUGGAUGUGUUUCAUCAUUAUUACAAAAUAUGAAUAUAAAAUCAAUAAUAAUAGAAGAUUUUAAUGGUUAUACACCUUUAGAUUUAGCAAUUAUGAAUUCAUCACGUAAUGAUAAAUGUUAUGAAAUUGUAAAAUUAUUCAGUCAAUUCAAUAUUAAUAAAAAUACACAAAUAUUGAAUCAAAAUGAUUAUUUUAUUCAAUUUUGUAAAGAUAAAUUAAAAGUUCAAAAACGUACUACAAACAAAAUGAAAGAUACUUUACCAAAUAUACCUUGA